AUGAUCGAUGGGAAUCCGCAGCUCGUCAUAGGCAACGACCGUGGCUCUACGGGCCACUUCUACACCGCUGCUAACCCGCUUCAUGCUUCAACAMCCCUCCGCCAGCCAUUUUGUGGCAACAGUGAAGGAUGGGGGCCCAUAAACUCGGAUGUCACUGACUUCACGCCAUGCUUCGUCGACAUCCCAGUCUCCAUUGCCGCUGCGUGGGGCGUGGUGAUGGGCGCCGGGGCAUUAUGGCUGUUACUUAAGAGGCGCGAACCACAACACGUUCCGAAGAAUUGGCAUUUCUACGCUAAGCUAGUUGUUCUGGCACUUCUACUCGCGUCAACGGCCACCCAAGCUAUUCUUCAAUUGGUAUCGGAUGCACAACUAUAUAUCGCCGAUUUCCGUUUCUGGGCAACUGUUUUGACGCUGGCUUCACUGGCUGUGGUUUUUGCGGUGCAAUAUUUCGAGCACUGGCGCAGUAGACAGCCAAAUGGAGUGGUCCUCUUCUACUGGGUCUUCUACAUCAUCGCGCAUGGUAUAAAACUUCGAUCGCUCGUCACUCGUGAAGUUUUUCACUCUCAUCUUCCCUACUUCAUCGUUGUUACCAUCAGUGUCGCCCUCGCUGUCGUUGAGUUCAUUCUGGAGUACCUCGUGCCCAAGAAACAGAGCGCAUACGAUACCUUGGGCAAGGAAGAUGAGUGCCCGUAUGAGUAUGCGGAUGUCUUCUCCAUUCUCACCUUCAGCUGGAUGACACCGAUGAUGAAGUACGGCUACAAGAACUUCCUAACUCAGGAUGACAUGUGGAAUCUGCGCGAUCGAGAUACCACAAAAACAACGGGUACUCUUCUAGAGGACUCUUGGGGCAUUGAGCUAGACAAGAAGUCUCCUUCUUUGUGGAUCGCACUUUUCCGUGCAUUUGGAGGUCCCUACUUCCGAGGAGCUAUUAUCAAAUGUGGUAGUGAUACACUCGCAUUCGUUCAACCGCAGCUAUUGCGUUACUUGAUCAGCUUUGUCGAUUCCUAUCGGACCGAUCAUCCACAGCCCGUCGCCCGAGGUGUUUCUAUCGCUUUAGCCAUGUUUGCAGUUUCGGUCUGCCAGACCGCAUGUCUACAUCAAUACUUCCAACGAGCCUUCGAAACCGGCAUGCGCGUUAAAUCAGCCCUCACUGGUUUGAUCUAUACCAAGGCGCUCAAAUUAUCAAAUGAAGGUCGCUCGGCAAAGACUACCGGAGAUAUAGUCAAUCAUAUGGCUAUUGACCAGCAGCGAUUGGUGGACUUGACCCAAUUCGGUACGCAGCUCUGGUCCGCGCCAUUCCAAAUUACCUUAUGCAUGGUUUCUCUAUACCAACUUGUUGGUAACAGCAUGUGGGCCGGUAUUGGAGUCAUGAUUCUCAUGAUACCGAUAAACGGUAUCAUUGCUCGAAUGAUGAAGACCCUCCAGAUCGUCCAGAUGAAGAACAAAGACUCUAGGACACGUCUUAUGACUGAAAUAUUGAACAACAUCAAAAGUAUCAAGCUAUACGCCUGGAACAAGGCUUUCAUGGGUAAAUUGAGUCACAUUCGUAAUGACCUCGAGUUGAAUACACUUCGAAAGAUUGGUGCAACUCAAGCCGUGGCGAACUUCACUUGGUCUUCGACCCCGUUUUUGGUAUCUUGCACAACAUUUGCGGUGUUUGUGCUGAUUGAUGAUCGACCUUUGUCUACCGACCUUGUCUUUCCAGCAUUGACUUUGUUCAACCUUUUGACUUUUCCACUAUCAAUUUUGCCUAUGGUCAUUACUUCAAUCAUAGAAGCUUCAGUCGCCGUGACACGUCUUACUGACUACCUUACCUCGGAUGAGCUUCAAGAAGAUGCUGUCCUCUUCCAAGAGCCGGUUACACACAAUGGCGACGAGUCUGUCCGCAUUCGAGAUGCAUCAUUCACUUGGAACAAGUAUCAAGGUAACAAUGUCUUGGAGAAUAUCAACUUGAGUGCGCGCAAAGGCGAAUUGACCUGUGUCGUCGGUCGUGUGGGUGCGGGAAAGUCGUCUCUACUCCAAGCUAUUCUCGGAGAUCUUUGGAAGAGCCAAGGCGAAGUCGUUGUGCGUGGCCGAAUCGCAUACGUCGCACAGCAAUCUUGGGUCAUGAAUGCAAGCGUUAGGGAAAACAUUGUCUUUGGCCAUCGCUGGGAUCCGCACUUCUAUGAACUUACAAUUGAAGCCUGUGCGUUAGUUGACGACUUCAAGACCCUUCCCGACGGUGACCAGACAGAGGUUGGCGAGCGGGGUAUCUCGCUAUCCGGAGGACAAAAAGCUCGGUUGACACUUGCUCGAGCUGUCUACGCACGAGCGGACAUUUACCUUUUGGAUGAUGUCCUCUCUGCUGUAGACUCUCAUGUUGGCAGACAUAUCAUCAACCGGGUACUGGGACCAACUGGUAUUCUUAACGGCAAAACACGUAUUCUCGCCACCAAUGCUAUCGCCGUGCUGCGAGAGGCAGACUUUAUUGCACUUAUUAGAGAUCGCACUUUUAUUGAGAAGGGUACAUACGAACAACUGAUGGCAAUGAAAGGAGAAGUGGCAAACUUGAUUCGCACAACAACUACCGACGACGAUGAUGAGAAUGACUCCGAAGCUAGCAAAGGCGACGCUAAAAGCCCUGUCUCCCUCGAUUCAACAACUGCCGAUGAGUCUGAUCUGUCUGAAAUUGAAGAAGCCGAUGACAGUCUUGGUGCCCUUGCGCCCAUCAAGCCGGGUGGUGUGAGAAGAUCUAGUAUGGCUACUCUGCGACGUGCUAGUACUGCAAGUUGGCAUGGCCCGCGUAGGGAAACCAACGACGAAGAGAAUAAUCUCAAAACCAAACAAACCAAAGAAAAAUCAGAACAAGGAAAGGUGAAAUGGAGUGUCUACGGUGAAUAUGCAAAAGAGAGCAAUCUUUAUGCAGUCGCUAUCUAUCUAUUCUUCCUUCUUGCCUCACAAACCGCACAGAUUGCGGGAGGUUUUUGGUUGAAACGUUGGUCUGAAGUCAACGAGAUUUCUGGUCGAAACCCCGAUGUUGGCAAGUACAUUGGAGUCUACUUUGCAUUUGGAUUAGGAUCAUCUGCUCUUGUGGUUUUGCAGACAUUUAUCCUUUGGAUCUUUUGCUCCAUAGAGGCUUCUCGCAAAUUUCACGAACGUAUGGCGUACGCUAUCUUCCGGUCACCUAUGAGCUUCUUCGAGACUACACCUUCCGGCCGUAUUCUCAACCGGUUCUCAAGCGAUAUAUAUAGAGUUGACGAGGUACUCGCACGUACCUUCAACAUGUUAUUCGCCAAUGCCGCCCGUGCAUUUUUCACCAUAGGCGUAAUUACAUUCUCAACACCGGCGUUCUUAGCCGUUAUCUUCCCUCUUGGAUUUGUCUACAUGUCCUAUCAAAAGUACUAUUUGAGAACUUCCCGAGAACUAAAGAGAUUGGAUAGUGUCAGUCGCAGCCCGAUCUUUGCCCAUUUCCAAGAAUCUCUAGGCGGCGUAUCGACGAUUCGCGCUUACAGACAAACGAAGAGAUUUGCCAUGGAGAAUGAAUGGCGUAUGGAUGCCAACAACCGGGCAUUCUUCCCGUCGAUCAGUGCCAACAGAUGGCUUGCUGUGCGAUUGGAAUUCAUAGGAUCUAUCGUUAUCCUAUCUGCCGCUGUGUUAGCUAUCAUAUCCGUUAGCACGGGCAGUGGCUUGUCAGGUGGUAUGGUGGGKUUGGCUAUGUCUUAUGCUCUCCAAAUCACCCAGUCUCUCAACUGGAUUGUGCGACAAACGGUCGAAGUUGAAACAAAUAUUGUUUCCGUCGAACGUGUGUUAGAAUAUGCCAACUUGCCUAGUGAGGCUCCCGAUGUUAUCUUCAAGAAUAGACCUACUAUCGGUUGGCCAGCACAGGGUGGAGUGUCAUUUCAGAAUUAUAGCACUCGUUACCGUCCUGAACUCGACCUUGUCCUCAAGAACAUCAAUCUCGAUAUCAAGCCCCACGAGAAAAUUGGUGUCGUCGGUCGGACAGGUGCCGGCAAGAGUUCUCUGACAUUGGCGUUGUUCCGUAUCAUUGAAGCCUCGGAAGGCAGUAUCAGCAUUGAUGACUUGAACAUUUCUACAAUCGGUCUUACUGACCUGCGUGGUCGCCUGGCAAUCAUCCCUCAAGAUCCAGCAAUGUUCGAAGGAACUCUGCGAGAUAAUUUGGAUCCUCGUCAUGCUCAUGAUGAUACUGAAUUAUGGAGCGUUCUCGGCCAUGCGCGUCUCAAGGAACAUGUUGCUGGCAUGGAGGGUCAAUUGGAUACCGUGAUUCAGGAAGGAGGCUCAAACCUGAGCCAGGGUCAGCGGCAGCUCGUUUCGUUGGCUCGCGCAUUGCUAACGCCAAGUAACAUUCUGGUCCUGGAUGAAGCAACGGCCGCUGUAGAUGUUGAAACCGAUGCUUUGCUCCAACAAACCUUACGUAGCAGUAUCUUCAAAGAUCGCACUAUCAUCACCAUCGCUCACAGAAUCAAUACCAUCAUUGACUCUGACCGCAUUGUGGUCUUGGAUCGGGGUACCGUCGCAGAAUUCGAUACUCCAGCCGAGCUUCUCCGGCGGGGUGGCAAGUUCUAUGACCUCGUCAAAGAGGCAAAUCUCCUGGAAAGUGAUGCUGUAACAAGCAUGCUGGGAAAGAAAUGA